GCUUGUGCCCUCGCUAUCUUUCUCUAUUUAACAUCAUGAGAAUUGCAUCCGCUACUUUAUUACUCCCGCUCCAAGUGUACGGCUUCCAUUUAUUUGGUGCCGCUAACCAAUUAGGCUCCCUUUUAAAAGGAUUCCUGUCAGAAGAGCCAUGUCUUAUCAAAUUAGGACCAAACCAAUACGAAUUGGUGACAGAAGAACAAAAGUUCAAAUACAGACGUGAGAACAUUAAAUUCAUUGAUGUCACUAGUCAUGUGUCCAUUGAAGAAGCCGUGUCCCAGGGUAUGAUUGUUGGACCAGUGCAAGAAUCCAUGUUGCAGCAACUCUUAACUAUUGGUUCUAAGCAACUCAAGUCUAUUGAAAAGCCAGCAAAAUAUCAAUAUCCAAGUGAAGCACAACAAGAAAAACUAGUAUCGCCACUCUUUCCAGAUAUCAGUAUUGAUUCAAUGAGAGAAAAUUUGGGUAACUUCACUUCUUUCUUCAACCGUUUUUUUAAGUCUGAAACUGGGUUGGAAAGUGCUAUCUGGUUACAAGGUACUAUCAACGAUAUUGUUUCACCUGUUGCAGUGGAAAAGGGUGUCACUGUUACUCCUUUCCAUCACGAUAAAUGGGACCAAUUUUCUAUUAUUGUAUCUAUUCCUGGUAAGAAUAAAAGCAAGCUGGGAAAGGGUAACAUUGUAGUUAUUGGUUCACAUCAAGAUUCAGUCAAUUUACUUUUCCCCAACUUGAUGAGAGCCCCCGGUGCUGAUGAUGAUGGGUCAGGAACUGUAACUUGUUUGGAAGCUUUACGUUUAAUCAUUGGUCAAUAUAACUCUGGUGAUUUUGUUCCAGAAAACACUUUAGAGUUCCAUUUCUACUCCGCUGAAGAAGGUGGAUUGUUGGGAUCAAUUGAUGUUUUCACAAGCUAUAAGAAUGCCGGUGAAAAAGUUGUAGCCAUGUUACAACAAGAUAUGACUGGAUACACUGCUAGAGUUGCUGACAAUGGAGUAGAACCACAUAUGGGAUUGAUUGUUGAUUACACAUCUCCUGAACUUAACAAUUUUGUUAAACUCAUGAUUGAUACUUAUUGUGACAUUCCAUACCAUGAAACAAACUGUGGAUAUGCAUGCUCGGACCACGCUUCAGCUUCUGAAAACGGAUACCCAUCAAGUUUUGUCAUUGAAUCGGAAAUGAAGUUGUCAAACAAUUACAUCCACUCUAUUUUGGAUACAAUCGAUAGAAUCGACUGGGAACACGUCAAGGAACAUGUUAAGUUGACCGUUGGAUUUGCCGUUGAAUUGAGUUCUACAAAAAUUACAGACGCUUGAAAAAAAAAACAAUCUCGGGUAUAAUAAUAUAUAUAUAUUUAAUACAAUUUCAUAAAAAAGGAAAGAUAACAAAUUAGGAAUAGCAAUGACUUUUUACAAGGAAUCAACUGC